AGAUCUUGUGGCGCUUCAGGCACACUGAGGUGCCAUGAGACCAGCAGUACGGUGUAAUAAACCGUAAAGAGAAACACAUAUAACGCGUUAUGAGCGGUGCUGUGAGUGUGUGUGAGGCUGAACCCGGCAUCCUGAGGUGAAACAACAACAACGUCUUGUUCAGGGUGCAGAGGUGUGAGAAAGCGAUGUUGCUCUCUCUCGUCCCGUGCCUGCUUUGUCUUUCGUCUCUGUCGACCUUCCUUUCUGCACAGGAGAUCAAAACCACAAGAUGGCCGCUUUACUCCCAGAAGCCUCUCUUGCUGGUGUGGAACGCACCGACGGAGGACUGCACCCCGCGGCACAAAAUCAGUUUGCCUUUCAAUCUCUUCCAGAUUGUGGCCUACCCCACCGAAGGCUUUGUGCGCCAAAACCUCACCAUCUUUUACAAAGAGCGUUUAGGUCUCUACCCUUAUUACAAACCUGACGGCACCCCUGUGAACGGCGGCCUGCCGCAGCUCGCCAGCCUCACGCAGCAUUUAGACACAAUUCCCAAAGAACUCAAGAAAUACAUCAACGAGACCAUGGCGAAAGGGCUGGCCGUGUUCGACUGGGAGGAAUGGAGGCCGCUCUGGAUCCGCAACUGGGAUGGCAAAAAUAUUUACCGGGAAAAAUCCAAGCAGCUCAUAAAGGAUAAGAAUCCCAGCUGGACGUCCGAACAGGUGAACAGAGUCGCUCAGCAGGAUUUUGAGUUCUCGGCAAAAACUUUCAUGCUGGAGACAUUGCGCGCAGUCAAAAGCCACCGCCCCCAGCAGCUCUGGGGUUUUUACCUCUUCCCUGACUGCUAUAAUCACAACUACCUCAGCAGCAAGAACUACACCGGUCGCUGUCCAGAAUUGGAGGUGAAACGCAACGACCAGCUGAAGUGGCUGUGGACCGAGAGCACAGCACUCUUCCCAUCAAUAUACUUGGGCCGCACGCUGAAGGACCAAACCAUUGGCCGGCAGUUCGUCAGGAACCGCGUCAGAGAGGGCAUGAGACUGGCGUCUACUGGGAACGGAACUGCGCGGCCCGUCUUCGUCUACACGCGACCCACGUACAACAACGAGCUCGGGCUGCUAACUGAGAUGGAUCUGAUCUCCACUAUAGGUGAAAGUGUGUCCCUGGGAGCCGCCGGUGUGAUCCUGUGGGGUGACUCUUCCUACGCCGGCAGUAGUGCGAGCUGCUCCAGUCUGAGUGAGUACCUCCGCUCCGGCGCCCUCGGCCGCUACCUGCUUAACGUCUCUUCUGCGGCCGAGCAGUGCAGCGCGCAGCUGUGCGGAUGGCGAGGACGCUGCCUGCGCAGACUCCCCGACACGGACACCUACCUGCACCUGAGCACUCGCACACACGCGCUGGAGCUACGCGACGGUCGGCUCACCGUGCAAGGAAAAAUGGACCAGGACGAGCUGGCGGGGCUAAACAAAGACUUCCAGUGUCAGUGCUACACCGGCUACACGGGUGACAAGUGCUCACAGAGAUCGUCCGGAAACAGAGCAGGUCUCAGCCUGCAGGGGGCGCUGGUGCUAAUGCUGACACUUACAGUGACCAAAAACAGCCUGCUGUGCUAAUGCUAACACGGGAAAUGAGGAAGGAGGUGGACAGGAGAAAAAUAGAGAAGCUUCUUUCUCUUCUGCUUUCCAGCGAGCAUUUAGUUUAGUGCCACCCCCUGCUGCACAGUGCCACGUACUACACCAGGACACGAUGAAAGGCGAAACAGCUGCAUUCAGGGAUCCUGAGCCCAAAAACCCUUGUUUCCGCCGGUCAGGGUGAAGCUUUCAAUAUCUACACACAGCACAGAGACUCGACAGAGACCUUUAUCGUUGUUACGACAGAUACGGUAGCUGAUCAGAGAAAGGAGCCUGGAGCGCGUAGUUUAACGCUCAUUUUACGGCACGUCACGUUCGUUUUAAAAGUCCCAGUAAAAACCUCCUUCAGAAUAUUCAUUUAAACUUUUAGCUCCGAGUUCCUCCGGUGAUGUUUUUGUAAAGUUUCCGUUUCAGCGGCAGUCUGAUAGUAGAACCGAUUGUGUUUAACGCCAAGACGUCGUGGGCCAGUCGGAGAGCCGAGGAGUCGCGUCAGGAGACGGCAGAAGGAACACGGUUGAGAUUAGACCCGAAGGUUCACCGCUGAUAAUCAAGUGUUCUUUUGUUAGGAAAUUAGAACAUUCGAUGACGUCGGCGGUUUAAGUUGAAGUUGAAGCGUCUCCGACCGGACGACACUUUUUUUUUAAUAAACGAAUCACUUAUUAUUAAAUUCAGUCCAACUUUAUUUGUUUAGCGGUUUUUAACAGUGAAUAUUUUCUCAAAGGAAAUAUAAAAAUGACAAAGUUGAAAAAUUUAAUUUGUUUAUUCCCAAUGAGCAAGCCAGAGGCGAGUGACGAGGAAGAAACCUAGAGAGGAUCCUCAUCCUCAGAUUAUAAAUAAUGUUCUUUCUACAGCUGUGUAUAAUCAGGUGCAGUUGUGUAGCCCCGCAACCACCCCCCACCCACACACCGUCUCAGAAGCUUCCCGUCCUCCGUCGAGGAACGCCACGUAUCCGUCCCUGCAACACGUGUGUGUAUCGUCUCUGUAUCACGACGACUUUCUGCACUUUUUUCAGCUUUAACCUGCUGGAUGUUUUCUCACAUAACUGUGUCAGUGGUGUUGAGGAUUUAACAGGUAAAUAACGUACAGUGUGUUUUAAACAAAGACUGCAGGAAACUACACACCUUAAUAUUCAGCCUGCGUCUGAUCAGAGGUGGGAUCACUGCUGGGUGACGUCACACCUUUUCACACCGUCGUGUUUCAUCAUGUACCAAAAGCACAAAGCCGGAGACCUCGUCCACUUCGUUCGCCUUCGUUGUGUGGCACAGACUGGAAGAGAUUUAAGUGCCAUUUGUUUUUAGAGAUUUGUGUGUGUGUGUGUGUGUGUGUGUGUGUGUGUGUGUGUGUGUGUGUGUGUAUUUA